AUGGGAAAGGCAAAGAAAACAAGAAAAGUGUCGCUCAUGAAGCGGGCUUUAAAAGCAAAUGAUCCUAAAUUACAAAAAGAAAAGCCAAAGCAGAAAAAAGACGACCCUGAACUCACAAAGCAAGUGCCUCAAGUUAGCAGUGCCCUCUUCUUCCAGUACAACGAAGCCAUAAAACCCCCAUACCAAAUUCUUUUAGAUACAAACUUUUUCAAUUUUUCUAUCCAAAAGAAAAUCGACAUUGUGCGUGGUCUCAUGGAUUGUUUGUACGCAAAGUGCAUACCUAUAGUCACAGACUGUGUGAUGGCAGAGUUGGAGAAGUUGGGGCCAAAGUAUCGUAUUGCGUUGAAGCUUGCAAAAGACCCUAGAAUCAAAAGAUUGAGCUGCUCACACGGAGGUACUUAUGCCGAUGACUGUUUGGUCAACAGAGUGAUGCAGCACAAAUGUUAUAUUGUGGCUACGAAUGAUGCGGAUUUGAAAAGAAGAAUAAGAAAGAUCCCCGGUAUUCCAAUCAUGGGUGUUGGUGCACAUUCGUAUGUCAUUGAGAGAUUACCCGAUGUCUUCUAG